AUGACUCGAACGUCCUUCAAAUGUUCUUGGCCAUCUUGUGAAUACAACAGCGAAUUCUUUAAUAACGUUACGCGACACGAGGUCGCUCAGCAUGGGCUUGAGAGCCGCCCCUCCCCUCGAGCUGCAGGCCAAAAGCUGCAAUGCGUCGUGUGCAACAACUUCUACGCCACAGAUAGCAAGACGAUCAUCACUGAGCUUCAAGCUCCUUACUUGAACGAAGAGAAUCCGACUAACCAUGCUUUUUACACGACCCUGCAGGACGUUCGACGGGUCAAGGAGCGCUUCCAGCUGAUCCCCGGAAGGAAACACAAAGAAGAUGUAAUUUCGCUCCAAAUACUCCUUGAGCAAUGCACUGAUGACAUGAUAGUAUUCUAUACGCCAGCACACAAUCCUCCAUCAACGAACGGCUUUUUACUAAUCAACCAAGGACUUGAUAAUCCGGAGAUCGAUGUUACCGCCGCGAACUUCGACGUUGAGCAACCGGAAGACGCACUGCAGCCACCCCACAUCCCGAUCUUGGUUGCAGGAGCCGAUAAGGAGAACAUUGCGCCGCUCGAUGAGCAAGAGGCGAAGAAGCAAGCAAUCUCAACUCGAAUUAAGGAACUAAAAGAAUCCCUUCGAAACAACCUUGCUGGGCUAAGGUUUGACGUCCUGACCUACGAGGGAAAUACGGAAGAGGCGAUUGAGUUCUUGCAAAGGGCUGAUCAACAGAUUGAAGCCUUGAGCAACUCCUUCAAGGGUGAGAAGCCGACUAGUCCUCGGCUGGCAAUGCGCGACGAAAAGGACGGGCCCAUCCGAGAAGCUUCCAUUCGCUUUCGCAAUGAGCGGCUUGAGCAUCGAUCCGAGCAUAACC